UCUCCAUCUAUCUAAAAAUGUAGCAAAGGCUAUAUUUAGUCAAUCUAAAAUUAGAUACCAAGAAAUGUAAUAUUAUGUGUAUACUAUUUUUUUUAUUUGAUGAUUGUUAGUAAUUUAGUUUAUCAUACCAUGCAUCAUUAGAUUUUGCCACGGUUACUAAGGAGGUGGCGUUGUGUUGUAACUUGGGUGAUGUGUUCUGUCUCCAUACAAGUCACAACCUAACCUUUUUCUCCAUUGAAUUCUGACCCAACUUUUUUUUUCUUUUCUUUUUAAUGUCCCCAUGAUUUUUCUUAGAACUCAUUCAUUGCAAUAGGUUCCAUUUUGUUGACUUGUGGACAAGAGAUAGAUAGAAAGAUACCACCAAAAGUCAGGACUAAUUUUAAUGAGUGAUUGGUAAAGCAUUUAACUUUGGUAGAAUCCUAUGUAUAAGUAGAAACCUUUCAUAUCUAACUUUCGUAUGCCUAAAUAAGUGAUCUUUCUUUCAAAAAAUUCAAUCUUGAAGGUGGGAUUAUAAUGACUUAACUUUUCUCUUUCUUUGGUUGGUUGGUUUGUUGGUUUCAUUUCAUUGCUUUAUAGUUUUUAACACAACAAGGUACUACUAGUAUGUCAUAAACUCUAAUUAUCGUAGCUAUGCAAAGAUUCCUAUUCAAUAGAUUGGUCCAAAAGAACCUACUUUUACAUUCAUUAUGUCCAAAAGAACAUCUUUCUCAAAGUGAGCAGGCCUUGUUUGAGGCAUCUUCAUUACUUAAUUCUGGUGGUGCUAAAGCAGAUUGGAACACCUUGGUCCACAUGGUACGAGCUUCGACAAACAUGAGCUGGGGUUUUUAUUGUCACCAGCUUCAUAGCUACAUUCUACGAUCUGGGUUUGGCUCCGAUGUCUCUAUCUCCAAUGCCCUGAUUCGCUUUUAUGUAACAGUUGGUACUUUGAAUGGUGCACACAAAGUGUUUGUUGAUAUGCCUCAUCGUAGUGUUGUCUCUUGGAACUCUAUGAUUUCUGGGUUCGUGCGCUCUGGCCAGUUUAGUAAAGCAUUGGAUACUUUUCUUGAAUUGGAUAGGUCCGAUAUUUUUGCUGACUUGUUUUCCUUGACGGCUGCUUUGGCUGCGUGUGGCCCACAUGGUCUUUUCCGGUUAGGCCGGUCAAUUCACUCUAAGAUAGUGAAAUCAGGUGUCGAAAAUGGCCUUGUUGUUUCCAAUUGCUUGAUUGACAUGUACGGGAAAUGUGGCCCUAUUAAAGAAGCAAUGGUUGUGUUCAAUAAUUUGGUUGACAAGGACAUAAUCUCUUGGAAUUCUGCCAUUGCAGCAUGUGCUAAAAAUGGAGACUUGAAACAAGCAGUUUGUUUAUUACAGCAGAUGCCUAAACCUGAUACAAUCUCAUAUGAUGAAUUGAUAAACGGGUAUGCUCAGUUUGGAGAGAUGGAAGAAGCUAUUAAGAUUUUGUCAAGAAUGCCAAAUCCAGACUCAUCUUCAUGGAACUCAAUAAUUACAGGAUUUGUAAAUAGAAACCAAGCAAGAGAAGCUUUAGAUGUCUUGUGCAAAAUGCACUUAGAGAAUAUAAGAAUGGAUGAGUUCACAUUUUCAAGUGUUUUAAGUGGAGUUGCAGGACUUUCAGCUUUCACAUGGGGAAUGUUGAUCCACUGCUGCACUGUAAAGAGAGGUUUUGAUACAUCUACUGUUGUAGGAAGUGCUCUGAUUGAUAUGUAUUCCAAAUGUGGGGAGGUAACAAAGGCAGAAUCAAUUUUCAAAUCACUGGCAGAUAAGAAUUUGGUCACUUGGAAUGCUAUGGUCUCUGGCUUUGCUCACAAUGGAAACUCUUCAAGAGUACUCGAGCUCUUUGAGCAGCUGCAGCUGGAGAGGAAUGUGCAGCCCGACGAAAUCACAUUUCUUAACGUUUUAUCUGCUUGCGCGCAUAAUCAAAUGCCAUUCGAAACAGCAUUUCAGUACUUUGGAAUAAUGAUCAAGGACUAUGGAAUUGAACCAAGUAUUGAACACUGUUGCUGUAUGAUCCGGCUAAUGGGACAGAGUGGGGAGCUGAGAAGGAGGGCAGUGGGGCUAAUCUAUGAGCUGGGUUUCGGGGGUUCUGCUUUGGCUUGGAGAGCUCUGCUUGGUACUUGUGAGGGUUGUACGGAUUUGAAGUUAGCAGAGAUUGCAGCUGCAAAAGUGAUAGAGUUGGAGGGUGACAAGGGUUAUGCCUACAUUGUUAUUUCUAACAUGUAUGCAUCUUAUGGCAAAUGGGACGAUGUUAAGGCAGUGAGGAAGUUGACAAGGGAGGAAGGAGCAAGAAAAGAAGCUUCUUAUAGUUGGAUCGAGGUUGUCCCUUACUCACCUUCAUAAUAAUGAAACAAUUACAAGAAAUAGUCAUAGGAGUUUUUAAGAAUUAGUGAAAUUGUUACUUAAAACCAUUUUUACUAAUUUACCAUACAUGCCAAGCCUGGAUGUAGCAUUCAAUUGAGAAGCAAAUCGCUCCCAUCACCACCAAAAGAAAAAAAAACUUUAAGAUCUUAAGUUGUAAAGGCAAGA